AUGAAGUAUUACUUCAUUUUAAUUACUUUUUGUAUUCCUUUUGUUAUUUCUAGUGGUAUAGAUGCUUGUGAUACAGAGCAUAGUGGCUCAGAUGAGUAUUGGUAUAUCCCUGAAUUAUCUACAUUCGAAAUUAUCAUUGGAAGUUUAAUUCUUAUAUUUACUACAGUCUCUAUUCUUCCUCAAAUUAUUAAGAUUAUUAGAAGAAAGACAAGUGAAGGUUUAUCACCAACUUAUCUUUUCUUAAUGGUUUGUAAUCAAAUAUUUGCUACAACAAACUCAACUAUUUUAAAUUUUCCUUUUAUGGAAAGUUGUUCUGAUAUUGGUUUAUCAAAAUGUCUUCCUCCACUUCUUUCAUAUUUUCAGUUUGUCUCACUUGUAAUAAUGGGAUUUAUUGAAUAUACAUUAUUCCUUUUAUUUUAUCAAGACAAACACUCACGUGUCUUUAAACGGGUAAUUCUUUAUUAUAUUAUUAUUAUUUUAUUCUUUGUCUUUGCCUUCAUUAUGGUGUUUAUUAGUUUAACUAAAAUCGGUAUCUGUGAACCAUUUACUUAUUAUUUUGCUUAUGUUUUCGGUAUCCUUUCUUCAGUUAUAACGUUCGUUGAAUAUCUUCCACAACUUUGGAAAACUUUUUCAACAAAAAGUGGUGGUUCAAUGUCAUUAAGUGCUAAUACUUUUCAAACAAUUGGUUUUCUAGUUGUAUUAUGCUUUAUGUUUUUCUCUACUGAACAACAUGUCACAACAAUUCUUUCUUCUGUGGUUUCUUUAAUUCAGCACUCAUUACUUGUUAUUAUGCAAAUCAAGUAUGACUAUAUUGAUUUCUAUUUGUGUAAUAAACGCCAUAAAAAAAUUGAAUCUCCAGAUAUUUCCCAAAAUGAAGAAACAAAAAGACUUAUUGACUCACAAAACUAA